GUAUGCACUAUCAAUGAGGCCAUCCAUCGCCAAAGCCCCUCACCUCCCAACGCCAUAGCCUAAGCCAUCUCGCAGCGCAUCGCAGCGAGGCGAAGCGGAGGGAACGGAACGGAAGGGCAGGGCAGAGCAGAGCAGGAAGAAGGGAUCCGAUAGUCGCAUGCAGCAGCUCCCACACAACAUCGAAAGCAGGGGAGGGAGGGAGGAAUUGAAGUUGGGCAGCUACUUCGAUUGAGGCAACCUUAGUUGGGUUUGAUCGGGAGUUCCAUUCCUUCACAUGGCGCCAGAUCCCAUGGAAAACCGUGGAGCUCAAGGGGAGCGCAUGGACCACGACGAUGUGCCGCCGACGAGCAAGAAGGACGCUGCCAUGGGCGCCUCAAAGAAGAAAAAGGACGAGAAGAAGAAGGACGAUGACUUGUCUGAGGAAGAUCUUGCUCUUAAGCAGCAGUUGGAACUAUAUGUGGAAAGAGCUCAGGAUGCUGAGGAGGGGAUCCAAAGAGCAGCUUUGGAAGCUAUGAGGAAAGAAAUCAGGACAGCUACAAGCUCCAUGACUUCCGUUCCCAAGCCACUUAAAUUCCUCAGACCUCACUACAAGACCUUGAAGACACACUAUGAAGUAAUGCCAGAAUCUGAACUUAAGAGGUUCAUGGCGGAUAUUAUAUCCGUUCUUGCCCUUACUAUGUCUGAGGAGGGCGACAGAGAAAGCUUGCGCUACAGAUUGCAGGGUACGGUUGGAGACAUUGGUUCUUGGGGCCACGAGUAUGUCAGAAACUUAGCUGGAGAAAUAGGUAAUGAGUUUCAACAACGUCAGGCUGCUGACCAACCUGUGGAUGAUCUCAUGGAUUUGGUUAAGCAGAUUGUCCCUUUCCACGUGAAGCAUAAUGCAGAACCUGAAGCAGUGGAUCUUCUAAUGGAGGUGGAAAUGCUUGAUAUGCUCAUGGAACACAUUGAUAAAGCAAACCAUAAGCGUACGUGUUCUUAUUUAACCAGUUUUGCCAGUUAUGUACCAGAACCAGAUGACAUGGCCGUUUUAAAAAUCGCUUAUAAGUUAUAUUGCAAGUUCAGCAAAUAUCCAGAGGCGUUGCGAGUUGCUUUAAGAAUGGGAAAUACACAGUACGUAAAGCAAACGCUUGCUGAAUGCAAAGAUCCAUUGGAAAAACAGCAGCUGUGCUACAUUUUGGGCAGACAGGGCGUCUCCAUGGAGCUUGACGAUGAAAUGAUAGAUAAUGACGAGCAGCGGGAACUACUUCAAGAGCUAAUCAGCAACAGCAAAUUGAGCGAGGGCUAUCUUACUCUAGCUCGCGAUCUUGACGUCAUGGAACCUAAAACCCCGGAUGACCUAUAUAAGGCUCAUUUAGUGGAUGGUCGUGCCAGUGCAGGAGCUAGCGUAGACUCUGCUCGUCAAAACCUGGCUGCCACUUUUGUCAAUGGAUUUGUGAAUGCUGGCUUUGGCGUGGAUAAGUUAAUGACUGCUCCAGCUACAGACUCAUCAGGAGGUAAUGCUGGUGGAUGGCUAUUCAAGAACAAGGAGCAUGGAAAAGCCAGUGCUGCAGCAAGUUUGGGGCUUAUAAUGUUAUGGGAUGUUGAUGGAGGUCUUCCAUUAGUUGACAAGUAUCUGUACAGCCAAGACAAUCAUGUUGUAGCCGGAGCUCUUCUUGCUGUGGGCAUUAUCAAUUGUGGUGUUCGCAAUGAGUGUGACCCGGCUUAUGCUCUUUUGUAUGACUCUGCCAACAAGGAUGAUGUUACAGUUCGCAUUGGAGCAAUCAUGGGUCUUGGGUUGGCGUAUGCUGGAUCGCAAAAGGAGGAGGUGUUGGAACUACUUACUCCAAUAGUGCAAGACUCGAAGGUUGGAAUUGAUCUAGCAGGGUUCGCUGCUGUCGCUUUAGGCCUUGUCUAUGUUGGCUCUUGUAAUGAGGAUGUUGCACAAUCUAUUGUACUUGCCUUGAUGGACCGUAGCGAGGCUGAACUUGGAGAACCUUUAGCCCGCUUUCUAUGUCUUGGUCUUGGUCUUCUCUACCUUGGGAAGCAGGAAGCUGCGGAUGCAACCAUGGAGGUGGCCAAGACUUUGAAUGAGAAAAUUUCCAAGUAUUGUCUUGUUACCAUAGAAACUUGUGCGUACGCAGGCACUGGCAAUGUUCUUAAGGUACAAGCUCUGCUUAGCAUGUGCGGCGAUCAUUUAGAGAAGGGUGACAAUCAUCAGGCCCCUGCUGUUUUGGGUAUUGCUUUGGUAGCAAUGGCUGAAGAGUUGGGUUGUGAAAUGGCCAUUCGAUCCUUGGAACAUCUUCUCCAGUAUGGUGAACAGAACAUUCGACGAGCAGUACCGCUUGCACUUGGGAUCCUAUCCAUCUCUAACCCUAAGAUAAGUGUGAUGGAUACACUGAGCCGUCUCACCCACGACAGUGAUUCUGAAGUAGCUAUGUCGGCAACGGUUUCUUUGGGACUUAUUGGAGCUGGGACUAAUAAUGCCCGAAUUGCUGGCAUGCUUCGCAACCUUUCUAGCUACUAUUACAAGGACCCAAGCCUUCUAUUCUGUGUCAGGAUUGCUCAAGGACUUGUCCACAUGGGGAAGGGACUGUUGACGCUUAACCCUUACCAUUCAGAUCGCUUUCUACUGUCAAAUGUGGCAUUGGCAGGACUGAUCACAUUCUUGCAUGCAAGCUUCGACAUGAAAACUUUUGUUCUUGGCAAAUUCCAUUACGUUCUCUAUUUCCUUGUUCUGGCCAUGCAGCCUCGGAUGCUGAUAACUCUAGAUGAGAAUCUCAAACCUCUACCUGUACCUGUACGAGUCGGCCAAGCUGUUGAUGUAGUUGGUCAAGCGGGUCGUCCUAAGACCAUCACUGGCUUCCAGACACACACUACUCCUGUUAUUUUGGCUACUGGUGACCGUGCAGAGCUGGCCACUGACAAGUACCUUCCUUUGUCAUCGGUGUUAGAAGGAUUUGUUAUUUUGAAGCUCAACCCGGAUUAUGAGGAUGAUCAUUUGAGUUAAAUUUGUAGAAAUUGACGUUCUUGAUUCCAUGCUUAUAACCUCAUAUUUUCAAACCAAUCCACUACUCAACGGUCUUUGAAAUUUUUUCUCCUCAUUGGUUCAUAAUUCUUUUGUUCGAUUUAGUGUACGUUAAUUAUAAUUUUUCUUUGAGUC